AUGACCGUAUCCAAUCUCUCAACAAAACUAGAAACGUCCAUCAUCCAAAUCAUUAGCUGUCUUGGGAGCUAUGCGCCCAGAAAACUCACCAGAUUGCUCUGGACAUUGAUGGUGACCAUUGGGUUGCUGUUCACUACACACUUUCUGUACGCUUAUCAGUUUAGCCACACUGCAGUCUCUUCCACGGCCAACAUUCUGAUAUCUCAGAGCCAAAAGCAGCAACAGCAACAUCCAUUCUAUAAUGUGGAUUCAUUAAUUAGAGAGACCAUGCCGUACGCCAAAUCAGCAGCAAAGAGCACGUUUACAGGCCACAAUGCGUCCUUUAUCGAUAGCCUGCUACGGCGCAACAAUGAAAUCAUGCUGCACAAUCAGGAUCUAGUGGCAGAUAUCACUGUCAUUUUGCAUUAUUCAGACAAAGAAAUGUCCAGCAUUCAAACUCAAAUUCAAUCCAUUCUGGCUCAAUCCGUGCAACCCAAACAAAUCUGGAUUCUAUGCCGUUCCAACAAACCCAAGAAAUCACUAGAAACCAAGUUUGGUAUUCGCUCAACCACAUCUGCUGAUAAGAUCAAGGUUAAGAUUAUACCCUAUGACAGUGAGCAAGAGCAACAACCCAACAGUGAGGUCAUGCUGGUGAAAGACGCUCCAUGGCUGUUAUUGCAACAGACCAUCCCUACUGCCUACGUCUGGAUACUGGAGCCCAACGCCAUCCCCAAACCAGAGUACCUCUACUACACCUACGGCCUGAUGAAUACGGAAGAGUACAAACACAGUGUCAUAGGCUAUGACACCUCCCUGUUCUCAACAAAGAACACAUCCCCUCCUCCUCAUGUCACACAAUGCUUGAGAUCUAGUCAAAUUGGAAAAAGUCGAUCCGUGGACAUGAUACAUAGUUCUUGGCUAUUACGUACGCAAUGGCUUGGUAGUUUGAGAGCAGAUUCCAACACCAACGCCUUGCAAUUACCAUUGGGAUAUUUUGUCAGCAGCACUUUGCUCUACAGAGCUGGUAUCACCUCUGUUGUGAUACCUUCCUCCACUAAAUUACUCCUUAGCUUCUCAUGUCAAAAAUGGCUUCAAGCCGGCGGUCCUUCUCAUAUUCUCAAUUCGGUUUAUCCCAACGUGGCAGAACAGGAAAUGCUAUAUCAACAAACGCCAGCGAACCGCGUAUCUAUUCUGCUUGCUGGGUCCGAUCACGCAAUUGCCUUGCUUCCAUUGAUAUGCAGAUUGCUCAACGGCAAUAAACAAUAUAACGUGCAUAUCAUCUUGACCAAUGGGUUAACGCACCACGCUUUUCAAGAUACAUUAGUUCAUAACCAUUGCACGAAUAGCCAUCAUGCUACGAUCCAUGAUCUUACCUUGGCGUACAACAAUGGUGUAUACUAUGACGACAGUGGUAGCACUGCAGAAGAGGAAACAAAUUACAUUACGCCCACUGCCAAUCUAUUGCACUUUAUCCAACCUAACGUCUUGAUCCAUAUCAAAGAACCCAGCACUUUUAUUUAUCGCUCCAUCAAAUCACUGGCUGAACUGCAUGGCAUCACUUCUAUUGGCUUACCAGCACAAGACGUUCCUCAUGCUCUCUGGAUAGCUGAUCUCUCGGUCAAGGCACUUACCUAUUGGAAUGAUGUAAAGAUUGAUCUGGUGGUCAUUACAGAUAGAAGACCUGUUUCGUUAUCUCGCUUGUUGAAUUCUACCAACAAUGCCUACUACUUUGGCGACGAGAACGUAGAACUGGCUAUUCACAUGGAGCAAUCUGCAGAUCCUGAAACACGAGCACUGGUGCAAGGCUUCGGAUUUAAGCAUGGCGAUAAGAAAGUGCGUCAUCGAGUGCGUAAAGGAGGUCUUUUACCUGCUAUUGUCGAGUCUUGGUAUCCCAGUAACGAUGAUAACUAUGGUGUAUUGUUGGAAGACGACAUUGAGCUCUCUCCUUUCUUUUACUCAUGGUCCAAGUACAACAUCCUCAAAUAUCGUUACGAAUCUGAAGAGGCUCAUAAUCGCAUCUAUGGUGUUAGCUUGUACUCUCCUCGCAAUCUAGAGCUGCGACCUGAAGGCCGUCGGCCUUUCAAUCCUGAGCCCGUGCUUGAACUAGGUGGUUACCCGAGACGCACCCCUUAUGCAACACAGAUUCCUUGCAGCUGGGGCGCUGUCUACUUCCCUGAGCACUGGCGCGAAUUUCAUACAUACAUCACCGAGCGUGUAGCAAAGGAAGAAAAGUACACCAAAGGAUACUACAACAUCACUGUCCCGGGAAGUCGAUCUGAAAGAUGGAGCAAGUCGUGGAAGAAAUAUUUCAUCGAGAUGGUCUACCUGCGUGCUUAUGUUAUGGUGUAUCCCAACUUUGAGAACUUUGAGUCCUUCUCUACCAACCAUCUGGAAUAUGGAACCCAUGUGCAGCAAAAGAACAAUGGACGAGCAAAGUCUAAAGUGGACCAAUUUCUGGUACCUUUGAUGCAGCAAGACACCAUUCUCACUCAAUUGCCAGAUCAACAUUUGCCAGACUUUGACCGUUUGCCAAUGAUGGAUCUAUGGGGUCAUAUUCGCACACUGUCAGAGCUGGAUCGUGUGGGUUCGCAGUGGCAUACCAAAGUUUCCAAUUGCGAACGAAGCCCAAUUGGCUUGUUUGACGCCAAAGACACCUUAUGUCCCUUCCCUGAAAACGUAGCUAGAAGCAAGAAGAAGGAAAUUAGAAAGUAA